GUUUGCUCAUCACCAAAACACCAUGUCCCUCAAAAGAAGUUUAAUUCUCUCCAGUAGACAUGGUAUACGGCGGAAGCUGAUAAAACAACUUGGGGAGCACAAGCGAGUGUAUCAGUGCAGUAUCUGCAGUAAGAUCUUCCAGAACAGCAGCAAUCUCAGCAGGCACAUCCGUUCUCACGGUGACAAACUAUUUAAAUGUGAGGAAUGCGCAAAGCUGUUCAGCCGUAAAGAGAGCUUGAAGCAGCAUGUUUCAUACAAGCAUGAAGUUGACAGUGAGUACCGAUACAAGUGCACCACAUGUGAAAAGGCCUUCCGGAUAGAGAGUGCAUUGGAAUUUCAUAACUGCAGGACAGAUGACAAGACAUUCCAGUGUGAGAUGUGUUUCAGAUUCUUUUCUACAAACAGUAAUCUUUCAAAACACAAGAAAAAGCACGGAGAUAAGAAGUUUGCAUGUGAAAUCUGCAAUAAGAUGUUCUACCGAAAAGACGUCAUGCUAGACCAUCAGAGACGACACUUGGAAGGGGUGAGGCGUGUGAAAAGAGAAGACUUUGAGCACAGCACUGAAAACAUGGUCCGCUACAAGAAGGAGCCUUCGGGAUGCCCCGUGUGUGGGAAGGUAUUUUCGUGUAGGAGCAAUAUGAAUAAACACCUUUUAACACACGGAGACAAGAAAUACACUUGUGAAAUCUGUGGACGUAAAUUUUUCAGGGUGGAUGUGUUGAGAGAUCAUAUUCAUGUCCAUUUUAAGGAUAUAGCACUAAUGGAUGAUCACCAGAGAGAAGAGUUCAUUGGUAAAAUUGGAAUCUCAUCAGAGGAAAAUGAUGACAACUCUGAUGAAAGUGCAGAUUCUGAGCCUCACAAAUAUAGCUGCAAAAGGUGCCAGUUGACUUUUGGCAGAGGGAAGGAGUACCUGAAGCACAUCAUGGACGUGCACAAGGAGAAGGGCUAUGGCUGUAGCAUUUGUAAUAGGCGUUUUGCCUUGAAGGCAACUUACCACGCACACAUGGUCAUUCAUCGGGAGAACCUACCUGAUCCCAAUGUGCAGAAAUACAUCCAUCCAUGUGAAAUCUGUGGAAGGAUUUUUAACAGUAUAGGAAAUCUAGAAAGACAUAAGCUUAUACAUACAGGUGUAAAAAGUCAUGCUUGUGAGCAAUGUGGCAAAUCAUUUGCUAGAAAAGACAUGUUAAAAGAACAUAUGCGAGUCCAUGAUAAUAUCCGAGAAUACUUGUGUGCAGAAUGUGGCAAAGGAAUGAAAACAAAACAUGCACUUCGUCACCACAUGAAACUUCACAAAGGAAUUAAAGAAUAUGAAUGCAAGGAAUGUCACCGAAAAUUUGCACAGAAAGUCAACAUGCUGAAGCAUUACAAAAGGCACACAGGAAUCAAAGAUUUCAUGUGUGAGCUCUGUGGCAAGACGUUUAGUGAGAGAAACACAAUGGAGACUCAUAAGUUGAUUCAUACAGUAGGAAAACAGUGGACAUGUUCAGUCUGUGAUAAGAAAUAUGUCACUGAUUACAUGCUCCAGAAGCACAUCCAGCUCACUCAUGAUAAGGUGGAAGCCCAGAGCUGUCAGCUGUGUGGGACAAAGGUUUCUACCAGAGCGUCCAUGAGUCGGCAUAUGAGGCGUAAACAUCCAGAGAUUCGUUUGGUGAGGAUUGAUGAUUUAGAGCAGCUGCCAGAGACCACUACCAUUGAUGCCUCCUCAAUUGGGAUUGUGCAGCCGGAAUUAGCAUUGGAACAGGGGGAAUUACCAGAAGGGAAACAGCACGUGAAAUCUCUUAAACGUGGCCAGAAACGAAAACAGAAGUCAGGUGAGGAGGAGGAAGUUCAAGUGCCUGAAGACCCUGCCUUCAAUGAAUACACAGAGAAGGAAGGCACAUUCACAGGGAAUGUCGGAGAUGAGACUAAUUCAGCUGUACAGAGCAUCCAGCAGGUGGUGGUGACUCUCGGGGAGCCAAACGUCACAACCCCUUCCCGUUCUGUCGGGCUGACAAAUAUCACCGUUACGCCUAUUACAACAGCGGCUGGAACCCAAUUCACGAACCUCCAGCCAGUGGCUGUGGGCCAUCUGACUGCGCCUGAACGCCAGUUACAGCUGGACAACUCCAUUCUCACCGUGACGUUUGACACCGUCAGCGGUUCCGCCAUGCUGCACAACCGUCAGAAUGACAUUCAGAUCCAGCCGCAGCCAGAGGCAGCCAAUCCUCAAUCGGUGGCCCAUUUCAUAAACCUGACCACCUUGGUGAACUCCAUUCCUCCUCUAGGGAGCCAGAUAACAGAACAGCAUCCUCUGACGUGGAGGUCAGUGCCUCAGACUGAUGUCUUGCAGCCCCAGGCACAGCCAACGCAACAGCAGUCUGGACAGCAACAGGUUCAAACAGAGCAACAACAGCAACAAAUGUAUAGCUACUAAUUUAUACUUCAAAAAGUUUUGAAAUGGACAAUACUUAGACGCAAAAACACACAGACAUUUGGGAAAUUUCUAACGGGAUUGUUUGCUGGAUACCAAACAGAGGUGGGAAAAUGUUUAUACAAUGAAACGUAAGCUAAAAUUGGCAUAGCACCCUGCAACACUCUACUUUUGAGAUUUUCACACUGUCUCUAGACCUUGCGCUGU